AUGGGGGGCGAAAGGGGCGACAGGCAAGACUCGGAGGGAGGGUUUGCACUCACCUUGGCGCUGCCAGCCUCGGCGGGGCAGACUCCGGAGGGGCGAGGGUGCGGCCAGCUCACCCCCUGGCUGCAGGCAGCACUGUCCCGGGCGCCCGGCUGGCCCGCGCUCCGCCCGCAGUUCCCCCAGUUGCUCAAUCUGCCCGCGCGCGACUCACGCCCUCCGGGACAAGCAGCAGCCCCACCCGGCUCAGCGGUCCCAGCGGGGCCUGUCCGUCCGUCCGUCCGUCCGCUCCGGCUCUACCCCCUGCGCUCGGAGCUCUCCGUCCCCGCCGGGAGCCGAGCCAGUGCUCCGCUCGCCCGCUCGCACGAGGGAGGGAAUCCCCCACUUCGCAGUCCCACCCCCACGCCGGCCCCCCUUCCCGGGAUCCGCAGCAAAAAACGGACUGGAGCUCCAGGCCCGGGAGUCCGACCCCCCCCCCCUCCCGCACGCACUGACCCUCGGCUGGGCUUGCCCAAGUCUCCUGGGUCUCGCAGGGUUGGCGGCCGCACAGACCCUCCGCGCUGGCCCGCACCCUCUGGCACCCGCCGGCACUUGGGGACUUUUGCACAGCUAGAGCACACGCUGGUCUUCCACGCAUCUCCGGUCCCAAUUGGGGCCCCUAGCUCUUGGAGUUGA